AAGAUUACAGGAGCAACUCUAUUUAAUAUUGAAGUAAAAGAUUAUCUCGCUAAAUUAGCGAGAUAUCGUCAAGCCGGCGACAGUUUGUGUGACCCACUUUGCUGCCAAAUUUGACGAGAAAGUGCGACAUGCCCCCAAACUCGGAAACCAUAUUCGGCUUUAAUAUGCCUUCCAGUAAUUUUGAGACUGGAAGAUACUACAGAUUUCUCUGCAACCAGAGGAAAACUAUGUAAGUUCAAAGAGAAACCAGUUCUUAGCUUUAGUCCACAGCUGAGUUCAGAGUAGAGAUCUCCGCGCGAGCUUCUCCUUUUAGAUUCUCUGGAUUUGCAUUGCAUUGUGUUUAAUGUUCUUAGUAGUUUAGAGUGUAACUACUGAUUGUGCUCUGUGAUACUGAGAAUAGCUUUAUGAUUACUUCUGGGGAAGUUUCAGAACUGAAAAGUAUAUUUUUUGUGGGAAUAAAUUUUAUCAAGCUAUCAUCGGUUUUGUGUUCACUCAAUCCAUUUCGAACCCGUGUGCACACAACAAUAGAUGUACGUCUGUUUUCAGUGUAAGUAGUCUAUAUUUUGAUCAUUUCUAGAAAUUAGUUUUUAAUCCAUUAAGUAUAAACCUGAUGGCUUGGUAUUGAAUUUUAAAUCACUUAUAUUUCAGGCGAACGGUCGAGAAGUAUUAAUAUGCAAUUAAAUCCUAACAUAAAUAAGUCCCUUUUGCUAAAUGGUGACAUUGAACACCGUAGAAAGCAAGACGUGAAAAGUGAGUUAUACUCCAGAAUUUCCUGAUCGGGGAUAUGAAGCUACUGUCCAACUACAUCAAAAGUAAUGUAUAGAAAAUGAGUUAAAAUGAUCUGUAACAAGAUGCUUAUAAACAAAAAUAAUGGAGCUCAGAUUUUCGCUCAAAAGACAACAAAUAAUACCCAAAUAAGUGUGACAAGGAAAAGUGAUCAGCAUUAUUUAUACCAGAGGCGAACUUAAUCAUCAGAUGAAUAUCAAUGAAGUCGUAACAGAGCCUGAGCUAUUGCCUCCACGCCAUGUACUCAUACAGAUGACUGGGCUGUAGACUUUGGUUUCGCAAAAAUUUUACCUAGCGGUCGUAAAACAUGGACAUUCUGUGGAACACCUGAGUAUGUAGCUCCAGAGAUAAUCCUCAAUAGGGGCCAUGAUAAAGCAGUUGAUUUCUGGGCUCUUGGCAUCAUGAUGUACGAGUUGCUCACUGGAACACCGCCGUUCUGCGCUUUCGAUCCAAUGAAGACCUACAAAAUCAUUCUGAAAGGUAUCGAUGCGUUGGGCUUUCCGAACUACAUCAGCAAGAAUGCUGUAUCCUUGAUGCGGCGGCUCUGCAAGGAGAACCCUUCUGAAAGACUAGGUUACCAGAAGGGUGGUAUUACCGACAUAAAAAAACACAAGUGGUUCCAAGGAUUUGACUGGGAUGGACUAAGAAACAGGACAUUAACACCACCGAUAGUGCCAAAAUCUUACGAAAAAGAAAAGGAGCGUCUUCGAAGGCUGUUUCAAGAGGGGAGUACUGAAGAAGAGAGUGAAACAUCAAAGGUAACUGACUCAGAAGAUGAUGCAUCUCAUGAAUACGAAGAAAGCGAUCAUCAGACAGACAGCGGGGAAACGGAUUACGAUGUAAGUGGCCUAAAAAAUAAACAUAGUUUUAAACGCGAUAGAACUAUAAAAUGAGAUAGAAGAGACAAUUAGGUUCUACAGGAUUCAGGACAAGAAAGCAUGAUUUUGUUAUUUACAGGAAGCAAGUAGAUUCCCAAAUUAGAUAAAUGAUCAAGAGAACGUUCUAUCUUAUGGAUAAUGAAA